UUCGCUAACAAUUCAAUUAUCGUUACAAUUUACGAAUCUGCCUCUAAUAUACCGUAAAUAACUGCAAUAGUUAGACAUCUAACAAACUUGCAUAAUUUGUGAAAAAGGUUGUAUAACAUAACCGCAAUGAACAAACUGCUCCCGUGGCCCAUUCAAACAAUAGUAUAAAAUAGAGCUGAGAAGAUAAUGCAGACAGUAAAGAGUGAUACGUUUUGUGAAGCACUGUAAGAAAAACUGCAAAAAGAAUUUUUCCAAUCAUUAUGUGUCAAACAUUAAGAAUGCCCUUAGUGUUGUUUCUCGCGUUUGGCGUCCUGAUCCCCAUGGCUGAACUGAGGCCUUCCAUGGAAGGAGAAUUGAUGACACUGAGCGCAGCAGAUACAGCUGUUGUAGAAUCGACAGUCAGGGAAGUGCGACAAGCGGUUCCUUCACAUAUAGGGGAUCUUCUUCAGCCAGAUACAAAGUCAGCCUAUCUAGAAACAUUCGGCGACAACGACGAUGAGAAGGGUUAUCAUACAAGUAAAAAAGACAAGGGACAAGAUGGAUACAAAAACCACGAGGAGUAUCACAAGAAAGAUAGCGACAGCUACGGUUUCGAAAAACACACGGAGUUUGGCAAAGAAGAAAAAGGAGGAAAAUCCAGCAAACAACGGUCCAGCAAAGGAACUCAGGGUGCUCCGUCCCAUACAAGCUAUAAAGUAGUGGAGAAUGUAGAUGGGGAUAAAAAAAGAGCAUUCGAAGACUACGAGGGUGGUCAUUAUGCCGAUGGAUACCAUGGUGGAGAAUCCGAAGGAUACACUGAAUAUGAAGGUGAUUCAGGACACUUGGAAAGUGAAGGUGAUGGUGACUCUGGAGCCUACACUGCUGAAGAAUCUGAUGGUGAAUCGGAAGCAUACACUGCAGAUGAAGAGGCCGAAGAAGAAGAUUAUUAGUUGGAUAAAAUGAAUAUAAUGUCUUCAUUAGUAAUUAUGUGCAUAUAAUAGCCCUGUCUCCUAUUAUGAGAAAAUUUCACUAUUGUGAAGAACUGACAAUCAGAUUUGUAACUGAG